UUACGCUCUUUUCUCUCUCUCUCUCUCUAUAUAUAUAUAAAUAUAUGCCAUGCUCCCUGCAAAUUAAGCAGCAGAUCGAAACGAAGAUGGCGACGUCAAUACCCAACAGCAGCAAAGCGAUAAGCUUGAAGCUUCUUGUAGACAGCAACUCCAGGAAGGUGCUGUUCGCAGAGGCCGGGAAGGAAUUCGUGGACUUCCUCUUCGGACUCAUAUAUAUACCCAUUGGCUCCAUAAUGGGUGUUCUUUGGAGUCACGACAUAGAUGGGCCUGGAUCGUUGAGCAGAGUGUAUGAGAGUAUCCAAAACCUUGACUCCACCUGUCUUCACCAAACCAAGGAAGAAUUCUUGAUGCCUGAACCAGCCUUCCCGUCCGACACUCAUCCGCCUUCCUUGCUGCUCAACUUCGUGCCACCAAAACAUGACACCACCACAUCAGUUGAGAACCAGUUACCUUUCGAAACACUUUUUGGUUCUGGUCGUAGCGAUCGCACCUCUCUCCACCCUGAUAUGUUUCCAUGGUCUCGAUCUAUUGAGAAUACAUUGGUGGUUGAACAACACAAGGAGACAGGGUAUGUUAAAGGUGUCGUGACAUUCAUGGUGAAGGAUGAUCUGACGGUGACACCCAUGUCAACCAUUUCAAGCAUCACCCUUCUCAACACCUUCAACGUCAAAGAUGUCAGUUUGCUGCGGGAGAAGAUGGUCACUGUUGACAUAGAGACGGGCUUGGAGCUGGUGAAGGCUUCAUUCGGGUCUACCACAGUCCUCACAGACGUUUUCCUUAGGAAUGACUGAAUGAUCUAGAGGUGCUUGAUCCUAUUUAGUUCUCUUCAACUUUCAAAGCCAAUCCGAGUUGUUUUACCAUGGAAUUCUCCAAUAUUCAACUUCUUUUUUGCUUUUCAGGCAGGAAGAGUGGAGUCAGGAGUGCCAAUAAAGAUGUAUAAUUAUGUGUUUUUAUGUAAUCUGAAAAGGAAAUAUUUCUUCAAUGGUUUAUAUCAUUAAUUAUGGGAAAAGUAAAAAAGGAAAAGGUAGAAUUGCUUGGCUAUGUGUAAUUAUGAUGGGUUUUAGUAAAGAGCUUUAUAUUUCACUCUUGAUGAGUGGAUUUGCCCU